AUGUCAUGGUUAGUAUCAGAACCUCGCUCCCACACUCACCUACCUCGGACUUCCACGCUGCAUCUCUCACUCCACGAGGACACCGUGUUGGAGCGCAAUACGCCAGCCACCACGGUUGGUUCAAUCACCCACGCCGACACUCACGUUCAUGCGAACGGCACCUUUGUUCACAUGAACGCCACUUACCCGAUGCAGAAGGAAGAACUCCACACGUACGAACGCCAACUCACACUCAUGUUCAUGCGAACGCUACUCACCUAUACUGCAUACUGA